AUGAGUGGAGAGGAGACUUCGAACAUAACUCAGACACUAACGAAAUUAUUCGAAGAGAUGUUGCUGGAAACUGAAAUGAGCGGAGAAAAUCGGAGCAACGUCGACUUCUCUCAGUUUCUCUCCGCUUUGAAAGUACAAUCGUCCAAAAACAGCUCGCAUGAACAAUUGGACUUUGGGACUUUGGUAAAGCUGGUUGAUGGGUGGAAGAGCCGUCUCAACCUGACCAGAACUACUGAACCGCCUUGUACAUACUGCGACGGCAGCUUCAGGGACUUCAUCUUAGCUUACAACGGUAUUCACGGAUACAUCAGUUUAUUAGUAUGUUUGUUCGGAAGUCUUGCAAAUGCUCUGAAUGUGGCAGUACUAACACGGCGAGACUUGGCAGCAGCUCCCAUCAAUCGCUUACUUAAAUGGCUGGCAGUAGCUGAUAUUUUUGUAAUGUUGGAGUACGUACCUUUUGCGAUAUACCGAUAUUGGAUCCUCCCGGGACAAAAUGAGAUGCCAUAUAAAUGGGCAGCCUACCUACUGUUUCACAUGCACUUCGCGCAGAUCUUCCACACGGCGUCGAUAUGUCUAACACUAUCACUAGCUGUUUGGAGAUACGUUGCUAUUAAAUACUCGGAUAAAAACCACAUUUUGUGUACUGAAAGGCGGUGCAGUACAGCGAUACUCAGCAGCUUUAUACUGCCGCCUAUUUUAUGCAUUCCGACGUAUAUGGUAUUCGAUAUUCACACAGCAGUAGUACUAGAACCAUCAGGUCCCAUGAUACUCUAUCACGUGGAUUCUGACGAGGAAGGACAGCUGUACCAGAUAAAUUUCUGGGUGCACGCAGUAGUAAUCAAGUUGCUACCAUGCUGCAUUCUUACUGUUAUCAGUCUUUGGUUGAUCCGUGAAGUUUACAGCGCGAACCAACACCAGAAAAAAAUUCGUGUGUAUAACAAAUGUCCCACGAGUAACAAGACAGUAAAAAGACAAUGUAAGGCCGAUAGGCGAAUGAAUAGAACUACAAAAAUGCUGGUAGCUGUUCUACUACUGUUUCUCGUCACGGAACUACCGCAAGGGAUCCUUGGCCUUCUGAGUGGAUUGCUAGGAAGAUGCUUCUUCAAGAGAUGUUACGAUCUUUUCGGAGAGUUGAUGGAUGCUUUGGCACUGCUAAAUGGAGCUAUAAACUUUGUACUGUACUGUUCAAUGUCAAGGCAGUUCCGCAUGACGUUUGGCCAAAUGAUGUGGCGAGCUCAUUUACACCGGUGGCCACCACCAACUGCUUCGCACUCAGACGGAUUAAACACUGCGAAGACAUCGAUACCUUGA